GGCAAGGAGCUCAGAUCACUACCAGGAAAUUGCAAACAGCUUGUAGCAAAGCAAAACAAACAGCAUUCAGAGAAGCUGCAUUUCCGGCUACAAUCAAGAACGUAACCAUGGGAAAAUCAGCUUCUAAACAAUUUGAAGAAGAAGUCUUAAAAGCCCACAAUGACUACAGGAAGAAGCAUGGGGUUCCUUCUCUAAAGCUCUGCAAAAAGUUAAGCAGGGAAGCACAGCAGUAUUCAGAAGCACUUGCUAGUACAAGAAUCCUCAAACACAGUCCUGAAUCUAGCAGUGGAAAAUGUGGAGAAAAUCUAGCAUGGGCUUCUUAUAAUCAGUCAGGGAGUGAAGUAGCUGAAAGAUGGUAUAGUGAAAUAAACAAUUACAAUUUCCAGAGUCCAGGAUUUUCCUCUGGGACAGGACACUUCACAGCAAUGGUUUGGAAGAACACAAAAAAGAUGGGCGUUGGAAAAGCAGCAGCAAGUGAUGGUUCUACUUUCGUGGUGGCCAGAUAUGAGCCUGCUGGCAACAUUGUAAAUCCUGGUCACUAUGAACAAAAUGUUCUUCCACCAAAGAAAUAACUUAGUCACAUGACAGAGCAAUGGACUAUUUUCAGCAACCAAUGAAAGCAAAACUAGACAAUCGACUGGAUUAGACUGGACAGUACUUUUAAUCUAAAUGAAGUAAGAUGGUAUCCUGUGCUUGAAAACUAAGUGAAGUGCACAAUCUUCUUUGGCCCCAAAGACCACAUCUGGUCUUGUUUGGGUUGGGGCAUAUGUUUCUUCUCCCUGACCCACAAAUCAGGGUUACAAAAGUCCCAUCGCUGCCUGUUGUAGACCAUUGGAAAGUGAUAGAGGUGCUAAUUUCCAACAGUCUUCGAAAAUCACUGCUUUUCUCCAUCUGAUAUCAGCAGAGAACCAACAAUCUCUAAAGAAAGGGAAUACGUGUUUUGGUCCCCCACUCUCUUACAGCCAAGCUGAUCAGGAAAAAGUCAGCAAGGUCCCUCCAGCUUCAGUGGCUUCACAAGCGGUUUGCACCUCUUCAUACAGAGAUAAUAAUUUCAGCCAUGUUUAAUGGAGAAGCACCCUUGCCUACCAAAAUGCCCUUUGGCAUGGAACCAAUGCUACUGUAUAGAGCUGCUUCAAGCAAAAUGGGGAAUGUACAAUGUUAGGAAUAUAUAUGAACAUAAUGGUUUCUAGAAUUCUAUAUUUCUGAAGGGUCCAUUUUAAAAUACAUUUAUUAAAAUCUAGUUGUUCUUUUUAUCUGUUUAGAUUUUGCAACACUUUUAACUAAGCAGUCAAUCCCAUUUCUCUCUGUGGGACUCAUAUUUUUUCAGCACUUUAAGUAUUUGUGCUUUUUUUGUAUAGCAUUAAAGCCUUAACUUUACAGGUUGUCUCUCAAAUUCUACUAAUCCUAAUGUGCACUUAAAAUAAGUGCACAUGUUGUGUAACAUACUGCACAUGUGGAAAUAAUGAUGGUCAUUUUAGAUAGCAUUGGAGAGGACAGUAAGUGAAAACUGCAGGCCUCCUUAUAAUGAACAUGGUAUGCUGUCAUUAUGAAAGGUUUUCCAGUUAGUUCAAAUCUGAAUUCCAUCCUAGUAUUCAUAUUAUAUAUAGAUCAAUAAUAUUUGGGUGCAGUUUGAGACACAGUUGAACAUUAAUGAUAGUUAAUACCUGUUUGUCAGAGGUUAUCUCUGGCAGAAUAUUUUUUUUGUGCAAGUGUAGUAAAAUAAUAGAAUUUGGAUAAAGAAUUCAGGUUCUUGAGAAUCUCAGCAUCAAACAAAAUCAGGCAUAGGUUGUAUCCACAGCUCUUGCUGUGGUAGGGCAGCAAUAAUACAUAAUCAGGCUUUUGGAAUGACAUAGUCCACACCAUUCAUCAGAAACAAUUUACAACAUCUUUAUGAAAUGAUGUAGUAGGGUAUUGUAGUAGCAGUAGUAGUAUUUAUUAUUACUGUUCAUAGACCCAUCAAUGCAAAUAAACCCCAAACCCCAAACUGUACAAUAUCAAAUAAGAUACAGUUUAGCAUUCCAUAAAAACCCCUUAAAAACCUUUUGAUAAUCUGGCCAAUUUUAAGAUCUCUCUAAUCUUAAUUACCAAGGACAGGAAACUUGGCAAGUGACAAGAGUUACAUUAGAACAUCUGUUAUCUAAGAACUUUAACAUAACAUCCUAUCAGCCAGGCAGAUGACUUAAUAAAGGAGAGAUCAACUAUUUGUUACCACAAUUAUAUAAAAAAAAUGCAACAUAAUAAAACAAGCAACAUAGGUUCACCCUCCUGUGAACUACAAGGAUAAAAUCUCAAAGAAGUGGGUAGCCCAGUGUAAUAAUAAUAAUAA